AAACACCCUUACUCUAUGACUGACAAAUGUAUAUUCAAAAAUGCAUUUGAAUGUAGAUUUCACACAUUACAUCAUUUAUUAAUAGAAAGUAAAACUCCAGGUUAUGUUCUCUUUAAGGCUAACCAUCAACUUCCAGAAAGUACUUUCGUCAUACAUGAGCUUUCUCACAUGUUAAACCCUGAUGCAGAGAUAUGCAAACUGUUACUUCGGCAUAACAGUUUCGUGCCAGAAUUGCCCAAUCUUGUUGUUUUCAGUGAUUUUCUAUUUAGCUUUGAUUUGCCAUUCAAAAUUAAAUUAAUGAAAUGUGACUCAUCUGCAAAACUGAAGUUUGAAGCUAUGGCAUCUCAAGGAAGGAUGAGAACAUUUUUAACACUGGAAGUCAGACGAAGUCACCUGGUUGAAGACACCAUGCGUCAAUUAAGACAAGCUGAAUUCUCUGACCUUAAGAAACCACUAGUG